AACCCGAUUGAAAAUCUUCGGAGAGACCUGAAAAUAGCUGCGCAGCGAAGCUCCCAAUUCAACCUGACAGAGCUUCUGUUUUUGUGUAUAAUCUCGAAAUCCUCUUCAUCAACACAAUACACCACAUCCUUGAUAUAGCCUAUUCGUUAUUAUCGUAAUGCAAUCUCUAGAUUGAGUGGGUGUAUGUGCGUGUGUGUACGUGUGAGAUAGAGUGCCAGUGUGUUUGCUUGAAUGUGCUGUUUCUGUAUCACGUACAUGUGUGUGUUUAGAGUGAGCUGAUUCAGUGUCAGUGUGUGGACAUGAGUCAGACAGGUAGAUCAGUAUGAUAAAAUGGGCGCGCGCACUCUCGGACAAACGAGCGAAGUAUCGUAAUGGGUUCAGCAGGUGGAGCUCUGAUUCAAUAAACUGGUUCAGUUUACUGUUCCUGAAAUGAGAUGAACGUGAGAUUGACAGAGCCGCUCAAAAACAGCUCCGCUUCAAGUUAGCUUCAACAAUGCGAUAGUUAGACAGAUGAAGUCAACAAGUCUCGCUUACUUUUUAGUCUCGUCUUCGAUUAAAGACGCGCAUCGCUGAGGCGUGUGUCAGUGUAUGUGUGAGAGAGAAGUUAACCAUAUUUUUUAGAGUUGUCAAGAUAUUUCAUUAGCCUGUAUCAACAACCUUUUUGUCAAGUGUGCUGUUGGACCAAUCAAGAGGAACACAUGAAUCGCAAAAUUGGUGCACAUGUUGCUCACUUGUUGCAUUUUAUUCGCUAAUUAAUAUCAAUGUGGAAGACUUCAUUCGUCAAGAUGGUAGAAAACGGAUCGCAAAUGUGUCAAAUAGCCUAGUGACUGAGAUGGACCUAUAGAAUCUGGAACUGAAAUAGAGACAGAUGGACCUGAAAUAAGUUUUUCGACAGUGACAGUGGAUGUGCAAGUUCCUUGCUAGGCUUCGUCACCACUCCGGACAGAGUGGCCCAUGGACCUGCGUACCCAGAGGUUGGUGCAUCCCGAGCCUGACUCGGUUAUGCUGGAACCCCACCACUCCCUCUUCCUGGGAGCAUUCUCAGCCCAGGACUCCCAGAAGCACCUGCCACAGCACAUCCACUACGAGUACGACAUGGAGCAGAGUCGCCAGGAGAAAGAGCAGGACAAGAGACAGGAACUGCAGCAGCUGAUGUAUAAGGAUAAGAGUGAGCAAAGUGCUGUGGCCAGUCCCCUGGUGAAACAGAAACUCAGAAGCCAAAUCCUGAAGAGGACGGAUCAGGCCGCCCUGGAGACGACCGCCUCCAACCCCACCAGAAACACGCCCAGGAGUUACAGGGAACUGGGCCCAGAUCCUGACAUGCCCCCAAAGCCUCACAUGGUGACCCCUGUUGUCCAUCAUCCACCAUGUGUCCAACGUAAGGACACGCCCCUCAGAAGAACAGCUUCUGAUCCCCUCCUGAAGGUGAGAAGUAAACUGAAGAAGCACAUCAACUCCAGGCAGAACCCUCUCCAACGCAAGACCAGCACCCCGCCCACAAUCAAGCCCAGAAUGCCGGAUAUUCUGGACUCCUCCCCCAGCAGCAGUACAUGUAGCACUCCAGUGUCUGGGUGCAGCUCGCCCAAUGACAGCCUUCUCUCGGACAGCCCACUUACUACCGGACUAACCCACGUGGCUCAGAGGUUGCUACUCCAGGAUGGUACGCUGGCCCACUUCAUGGUGCCCUGCUCCACCGCCCUGCCGAGCAUCAGCACCGGGCUUCCUGGCCAUGGUGAUUGGGAAACGGGUAGUUAUCAGAGGGUGGCCAGGGUACUGCCCCAGGUCUACCUGCCCAUGGAGAGACACAGUGCUGCCCACCAUCACCUCCAGCCCAUGUUCAUCCUGGAGCCCUCAGGACUGCUGCAUACACAGCUAGUCACUGUGCGAGGUCUGAACCCAGGCCUUAUCCAGUACCCCUCCUCCAGGCUGGAAGGACUGGCCAGCUUGGGCCCCCACAGGCCCCUGGGUCGGACCCGGUCUGAGCCCCCACUGCCCUCUCACCAGCAGCACCAGCUACUGCAGCAGAACCACAAACUGCUGCUGGAGAGACUCAAACAAAACACACACCUGGACCAGCCUCGUCUCACACAGAUCUCCUCGGAGGACAUGGACCCAGAGGAUAUCAGGUUAGGGGAGGAGGAUGAAUACCAGAGAAGUAGACAGAGUGGAACCAGCAGCUCUGAGUCAAUGUGGGACACAGAGUAUACAUCCUCACGAGACAGCCAUGGGGAACAUAUCAGGAAAUACACACCUCUGGUGAAUCAGUCAUUCCAUUGGGAGCAGUCCAGGCACCUUCAGGUCCUGACAGAAAGGCACAGACAGGUGACCUACCUGGACCCCCUGGGUGUGCCUGUGGUUCUUGGCCCUUCCCACCGCCCCCUUGGCCGCGCAAAGUCCUCCCCUGCCUCCACCUCUCUUCCCCCUCCUCCACAGCCCACAGACACCCCGCUGUCUCUGGCCAGCACUGGUCCAGAGACCCCCACCAAGCUACGAUUCACCACUGGUCUGGUGUAUGACUCUCAGAUGCUAAAGCACCAGUGCACCUGUGGCGACAACAGCCGACACCCAGAGCAUGCUGGGAGAAUCCAUAGCAUCUGGUCCAGAUUGCAAGAAAGUGGCCUCAGGAACCAGUGUGAGUGUAUCCGUAGCAGGAAGGCCUCUCUGGAGGAGCUUCAGUCUGUCCACUCCGAGAAGCACGUCCUGCUGUAUGGCACCAACCUACUCCAUCGUCUCAAACUGGACAACCGCAAGCUGGCUGGGAUCUUAUCUCAAAGGAUGCGUGUGAUGCUACGAUGUGGAGGAGUUGGGGUGGACAAUGAUACGAUCUGGAACGAGAUGCACACAUCAACGGCGUCUCGCUUGGCAGCAGGCAGCGUGACGGAGCUUGCACUCAGGGUGGCACAAGGAGAGCUGAAGAAUGGCUUUGCAGUGGUGAGGCCCCCUGGACAUCAUGCAGCCCACUCUACCCCCUUGGGUUUCUGCUUCUUCAACUCUGUGGCCAUCGCAGCCAAGCAGCUCCAGCACAAACUCGGCGUCAGCAAGAUCCUCAUCGUGGACUGGGAUGUUCACCAUGGGAACGGUACCCAGUCGGUCUUCUACAACGACCCCAGCGUGCUGUACAUCUCCCUGCAUCGCUAUGACAACGGCAAAUUCUUCCCCGGUAGCGGGGACCCAGCUGAGGUGGGAGUAGAAGCAGGUGAGGGCUUCAAUGUCAACGUGGCGUGGACGGGAGGCUUGGACCCCCCCAUGGGCGACGCAGAAUACCUAGCAGCAUUCAGGACUGUGGUGAUGCCGAUUGCCUAUGAGUUCUGUCCUGACGUGGUGCUGGUCUCAUCUGGUUUCGAUGCCGUCGAGGGACAUCUGGCGCCACUGGGGGGCUACAAAGUGUCAGCCAAGUGUUUUGGUUUUCUAACACGGCAGCUGAUGGGGCUGGCAGGUGGACGGGUUGUCAUGGCGCUGGAGGGGGGUCACGAGCUCACGGCCAUCUGCAAUGCCUCUGAGGCUUGCGUCAGGGCCCUGCUGGGCAUCCAGGAACCCCUGUCUGAAGCAGUCCUAGAGAGGAGACCCUGUCCCACCGCUGUCCUCUCUCUGCGGAGAGUCAUCCAGGCCCAGGGUGAGUACUGGCGGUCGUUGAGGGUGGUGGCCCACACAGUGGAUCAGUCAUACAUGCAGGCCCAAGGACACAGUCUGAGACGUGGCUCAGAGGACCACAAUGACACCGUCUCUGCCCUGGCCUCUCUCUCCAUGGCCAGCCUCACCACAAACAGGACACAACCAGAUGAACUUAUGGAGGGGGACACAGACUCCAUGUAGACAAGUGCACUUUCCGACAAACCUAACACACACACACACACACACACACACACACUGUGAUCCACUCGGCCCUGCUUCACUUGACCAGAAUCCACUGUCUCCAGUUGACACUGUACAGACCAUAUCCUGACCACUAUAGGCAAACUGAGUAGCUUCCGCCUCCCACACUCUUACACCUCAUCAGAACACAGUUCUACUGGCCUUACUACGACCACUCGCUUGAUUCGACCGCAUCUCAACCGCACACUGAUAACACAUCCCAUUAACAGGGUACAGGAGGACCAAGAGAGAGGAGAAUGAACACUGUCUUCAUGACAUGCCUCUGCAUGCCUCCCUCGUGUGUAACAUUGUGAACUGUGAGGACACAGAAGGAGAGGAGUAGCAGACUUGAGCAUAAACUGGAGAGGGGAAAGAUAUACCAUUAUAAACAUCACCGGGGGGGAGGGGUUGAGACUUGACUUGUAGCAUGAAGUGACUUGACAAAGACCAGCUACAUGACUGGCUGUAAGCAGAAUCUCCCUGGGGAAGUGAGCUUCUUGUUUAGCCUUCGGUCACAGGCUACCACUGCACAUCGCCAGGCCGACAGAACCGAAUCACACAGAGAAGUAGGAAGUAGUCCCACGUCCCCACAGAAGUUACUAUGAAGGAGAACCGACAUCGCACCCUCACCGGGGGGACACUUAUCUCUUAUUGAUAAUGUCAUUUGACAACAAAAUGAAGAAAAAGAAAGAAGACUUUGUUCUGACUUUUUUGCACUGUGUAUUUUGUAAUGUGAACCAAAGAGAGAAUGACAGAAUGGACCUGGGAUUGACAAUAAAACCUGUAAAUUAUCAUACUCAUGUUUUUAAGCUGAUUUAAAUAUUGUAAGUUUGAUUUAUUGCGUAUUGUAUAUCAAAUGUCAAUACAUAAUGGUCAUGUUUUUUAAGUAGCAAAUAGAGAAGGCCUAGAACCCUGUGAUUCAGAGAUUUUCUAGUUGUUUUUCUUCCAAUGCAAAUGUGGGGUGUAAGACUCCCUCUCAGACAGCACUUAAGGAAAAGAUGAAAAGGUAUUAUUUAUAUCUCAAGUUGAUGGCAUCCUCAUUCUUUGUCAUUCUAAUGAUAACAUUUAUUAGGAAAUGAAUCUAAUGACUCACUGUGACAAUUCAGGAAACCACUUGUUAGUGAGAGAGGAGUCAGAUUAAACGUUCCAAAGGUGUUUCAGGCAAGGACACACACCCCGCCAUACGGUCCUACUCUACGCUCGGCCACUCACAAAGUGUUUAUGCAUGUGUAUGUAAAUCACUGCAUCUACAUGUUGUCAGCAGGGUAUUUCAACGUAAUGAAGGUAAAAUACAACUAAUGUUGCUGGGUUCAAGGCAGAUUAAUAGCACAGUUGAACUGACUUCAUGGUCUUAAACUCUGACUGGCACUUAAAAGCUGUCUGUUGACUUCAUGGGACUCAAACAAAACACAAAUGCACUUACAAUGUCUUAAAUGUUGGGAUUGUGUUUUAGUAAAAUUACAAAGAAAAUGUACAUGUCUAUUCCACUCUGACAAUGCCUUUUUUUUAUUGUUGUUCUGUUGUGAUUUCACAAAGACCAGUUUUUUAACAUGUGGAUUUAUUGACAUGCCUGUUGUAUUUUGUAUCUUUGAUAGGCUGUAUUUUUUUUAAUGCCUAGUUUUCUACUAUGAAAGACAAGUGAACAAGGAUUUGUUCAUAUCAGAUUAUCUACCACUCGAUUUACAAAAAAAAGUCAGGUAUUUUUGUUCCUGGACCGUACUGCAGUUAGCAUAUAACGUUUGAAGUUAGCACUUAGUUGUUGGAGUCAGCUUGUUAAGCUAGCUGACUAUAGUAUGUAGAACAAUUGAGCACAGGUUGAGAGUCAAAAGCCUUCUGUGAACAGCAUCCCAUUCGUAAAGUGGUAUGGCCUCUGAACAUAACUUCAAAGACUUUUGUGAAUUCCUGAUUGUAUUUGUAUUUAAACAGAGGUUUUUGUUCUUAAUAUUAAAAAAAUAUGGAUUAAAAAACUGCUUACAGUUCUUGUUAGCACUUUCCAUUAA